CCGCAAGAGGACAACAAAGGUACAAAGGAAGGACGGCAGACCUUUGCUGUGUACGGAGUUGUUGGCUUCGCACGGCCAUUCUUCGGUUGGUGUUUACAGGUACAUGUACAAUAAAAAAUCUUCGGCUUGUUACAAGGAGAUAAAAUAUCGCCGACGUCUAGUCCUUCUUAUCAUUCUGUGAAGACGCUAGACUGAUGAAAAGAUACGAUUAUGAUUUUCAUGUGUAAGCCAUGUACAUCUGGUAGCAACAUGGUGUCCAUAACCCUGCUGAAGUUCUUCAUUUUGCUGGCUUUGCUGCAGUCACUGAUGGUCCAUGGCCAGCCGUAUCAGCCAAACUGGCAAUCCAUCGACUCGAGACCUUUGCCUGGCUGGUACGACGAUGCCAAAUUCGGCAUCUUCAUGCACUGGGGCGUCUACUCCGUGCCCAGUUACGGGUCCGAGUGGUUCUGGCAAUACUGGGCAUCGAACGUGCCCAGUUAUGUCAAUUUCAUGAAGCAGAACUACCGUCCGGAUUUCACCUAUGCAGAUUUCGCUGAGCAGUUUCAGGCAGAGCUGUUCAACGCGAGUCGGUUUGCGGAGAUCGUGGAGGCUUCUGGGGCUCGGUACUACGUGCUGACUACCAAACACCACGAGGGAUACACAUUGUGGCCCUCGAGGUAUUCGUGGAACUGGAACGCCAUGGAUGUGGGUCCGAAACGAGAUCUGGUUGGCGAGAUGGCUACGGCAAUUCGUAAACUCACGACUAAAGUUCACUUUGGGUUGUAUCACUCCCUCUUCGCCUGGUACCAUCCACUGUAUCUUCAAGACGAGGCCAACGACUUCACGACCAGGCUCUAUCCUGAGCAGAUUUCGACUCCGAUGCUUCAUGAGUUGGUUGAGAACUAUCACCCAGAUAUUGUCUGGUCGGAUGGUUUUGAGAAGACUACGGGGCCCGAGUACUGGAACAGCACAGGUUUCCUGGCCUGGUUGUACAACAGCAGCCCGGUGAAGGAUGUGGUGGUCGUGAACGAUCGCUGGGGGGAGGGGACAGUGUGUCAUCACGGCGGGUAUUACACCUGUCAUGACCGUUACAACCCAGGCACCUUGCAGAACCACAAGUGGGAGAACGCCAUGACGGUGGACAGGGGUUCCUGGGGGUACAGGAGGAACGUCCAGCUGGCCAAUUACCUCAGCGCGGAGCAGCUGAUUGCAUCCCUGGCCAAGACGGUGAGCUGUGGGGGCAACAUGCUUCUCAACGUCGGCCCGACCCAUGAUGGACGCAUCAUUCCCAUCUUUGAGGAACGUCUGCGUCAGAUCGGCUCGUGGCUGAAAGUCAACGGGGAGGCCAUCUACGGGUCCUGCCCAUGGAGAGCCCAAAAUGACACCAAGUCUCUGGACAUCUGGUACACCUCCCAGAAAAAUGGCACAACGGUGGAAGCCGUUUAUGCCAUCAUCCUUGCAUGGCCUGCGAACAACCACAUCUUCCUGGGAGCACCAAUGUCUACCAAGAUGACCACUGUAGCCAUGGUGGGAGUCGAACCACCACUCAAUUGGGAGGCAGGGCCGAAGGGAGUUGGGGUCAACGUGACCAUGCCAACACUGAAUCCCGUACAGAUGCCAUGCCAGUGGGCUUGGGUUCUCAAAUUGCUGAACAUUAAGUGACCAUUUGGACAGCAUCACAUUUAUAUAUGUGUGGGUGUGUGUGUGUGUGUGUGAAGUAGAACAUUAAAGUUCUAGUUUAUAGAAUAGUUAAAAACAACAAUAAAAGUUUAACAUCGGCUUUACACAAAAGAAGUCACUGCUACACAGAAGCGUUUGUUUCAAUUAUCAUUUAUUACAUUAAAUUUGUAUGUAAAUACAUUUAUAUUUGUGUUAUCAUUAAAACUCUGCUCAGAUGACGUCAUGGUCACUGGCAACCAA